GCAGCUGCAAGUAGCAUGACCGGGGAUGAGAAAAGAGGGAGCGCUAAGGGGGAGGUCGACGAGCUUUGCUGAGGCGCCGUCUCCAGAUCCACAAGCGCUGGGCUGGCACGGCCGUACUGCGGCGCCCGUCGCAACUGCCCCGGCCAACCAGCGCCGUCGCGCAAGCGAGGCCGAGUUCUCCGACCUGGCAUCCGCCACGCACGGCGGCCGCGGCCUCCUUCUUGGUUGCGUUGCGGAAGAAGGCGUUGAAGGAGCAGGCUACGGCGAGGUGCCCAGACAUCCUCAGCUUGCUGACGGAUGAGACGAUGAGCGGAUCCGCCCGCUCCUCAUCGCAAUCCCCUCCAGGCACGGACGCCGGCGUCGGCCACCGAGGUCAACCCGUCGGCGGCGACGGGACAUGCGGGAGUGAAGAACGCAAACCUCUGCAUCGAACGGACCCUGCAAACUCAACCUCUUUACACACGAGCUCUUCCAGGUCUUGCAAAAGCACCUUGGGAGGUAGUACUCCCAUGCUGUUCAAGACAUGUACAGGUAGGAAAAUGUGUAGAAGCUUGGCUUCUUUCGGAUCCGGUGAAGAAAUGAAGCUCCAUUUUACCAUUAAUAAAGGUAAAGACGGCCAGUACAACAAAAAUAACGACAGUGCAGGAAGGGGUGUGGAUUGAACUCCAUCGAUGGAGCCACGGAGGCAACAUCCGGGCAUCAGUCAUUCGCCAAACGCAUUGCAGAAUGUAAUUAAUUAGCCAAUUGGUCUUUGUAUAUUAUGUCCGUCUAUUAAGCAUGUGUGAAACUAUUAGUUCCUGAUUCCAACACCGGUAAGGCAUGAUAAAGUUUUCCUAAAUUUUGUGCCGGUCUACUUGAUUAUAUAAUACAUGAUUGCUAUACAUGUGACGAAA